AUGCACGUGAUGGCCCAGAAGCGGCGUCGAGUGUCGCCCUCUGCUGCCGCUCCCAGUCCCUCAGCUCAGCCCCGCCAGCCGCUGUACGAGUCGCAGCACGGACUCGCAGUCCUCGAGACGUCGAAACCCCUCAUGCGUCCACGCUACGUCGCUAGCAGGGACAACUCUGCAGUGGAGAGCGCGUCUCGACGGCGCUACGUCCGCGGUAGUGGCUCAAUGGACUUGGAGCAGGUGGACUCGCCUCUCUCUGCUGGCUCAAGGAUCAGCUACAACAGCAGCAGCGGUAGUGAGGGCCUCGUGAGGACGAGCGUCGCUGAAUCAAGCCCAUCUCCAUCCCCAAGAGGCCUCGUUGUUAACACGGAGAAGACCGCUGUCGAGCACACGCCCCUCACGACGCUCGUGCUCAAGUCCAAGGAGUUCCUCAAGUCCAAGAGCCUCGUACGCAACCGCCACGACGAGAUCGACUGGGUCGCGACGUUCUUGAAAGUGGGCUUCGACUCAUCCAGCAUCUACGCGCUCAUGUGUCCGCUGCGCAAGGGCCGCUGGAAGUCGGAGGAGGAAAAAUACACGAUGGGGCUGCUACGGCUCAUCGAAAACGGCACGAUCCUCCUGCGCCACGGCCAGAGCAUCCGCGGCUACAUCGGCGAGAAGCUGCACAGCGACGACAUGCGCGUGCUCAAGAAGCUGAGCAACUGCAAGAUGUUUCACUUCGCCAAGCUCAUCAACCCGCGGCUCGCGCAGGAGGAGAAGAUCGACAUGACGGUGGCAGGGGCUCGGGAAGGCAUGGAGCGGCUGGACCAGCUCAAGGGCGAGUUCCUGCGCUCCGUGCAGCUGGAAGCGCUCGUGGCUGUUCGCAAGUACCUCAGUGACAGCUCUCUGCGCGAUCUACUCAACGUGCGCGCGUAA